UGAACUUAUGUGUGUGACGUGUGUGAUACAAACAUGUAAAACACCGUACAUGUCUUUAUCAUUUGAUCAGGAAAGUGUCUUGUUAUGGUAACAUAUCUAUUUGGGAGAUUCUGAUAUAUUAGGUAAAUAACUCUCAUAAAAUGUUCUCCGGCAUGUUAUGGAAGAGAGAAACAAUAUUUCGGUAUUAAAUAUUUUCACUAGAUCAUGUGUCUUUGGCGCGCGACCAUCCCCGUGAGCGGUGUUUCCGUGAAAGCACCGCCAUGCUACUUUUUUUUCCUUUGCGCAAUGCAAUUGUUGCCCUAUCAAAUAAACACCAGAAUUUGAAGCAAUGGAAGCAGAUUCAAUCCAUCAUCAUCACUUCUGGUCUCUACUCGUUACAAGACGCAAUUUUCCUCACCAAACUCAUCCAAUGCGCUCCAUUCUCUCAAACUCAAACUUCAUCUAUUCGCCUUCUACUCAACACCAUCCACACUCCCAACACUCGCCUGUUCAACAAGGUCAUCACAUCUUUCUCUAUCAGCUCUCACCCGGAAACAACACUUCUCUGUUAUGCAAAAAUGCGAGAAAAGGGCGUCGAACCAGAUAAACACACGUUCCCUUUGCUUCUCAAGAUGUUUUCAAAGUCUGUUAUGGUUCAUGACCCUUACAUGAUCUUCGCUCAAAUUUUAAAAUUUGGUUUUGAUUUUGAUCGUUUCGUUGGUAAUGCUUUGAUUUCGGCUUUUGGGUAUUCCGGGUUGAUGAAAAGUGCGUGCCGUGUGUUUGAUGAAAGUCCUGAGCAGGAUAUUGUUGCUUGGACUGCAUUGAUUAAUGGGUUUGUUAAAAAUGGUCUUCCUGGCGAGGCUCUUAAGUGUUUUGUGGAGAUGAGAUUGAAUGGUGCUGGGAUUGAUGGUGUUACUGUUGCUAGUAUUCUACGUGCUGCUGCCAUGAUUGGGGAUGAUUAUUUUGGAAAGUGUGUUCAUGGGUUUUAUGUGGCAGCAGGGAGAGUGAGUCUGGAUGGUUCGGUUUAUUGUGCUCUUGUGGAUAUGUAUUUGAAGUGUGGCCAAUGUGAAGAUGCCUGCAAAGUGUUUGAUGAGAUGCCUUACAGGGAUGUGGUGGCUUGGACAGUGCUGGUGGCUGGUUUUGUGCAAUGUAACAAAUACCAAGAUGCACUCUGUGUCUUCCAGAGGAUGUUGUUAGAUAAUGUUAUGCCGAAUGAAUUUACAUUAACUAGUGUUCUUAGUGCCUGUGCUCAUGUAGGGGCAUUGGACCAAGGAAGGUCGGUGCAUCGAUACAUAGACUGUAACAAGGUGAAGCUGAAUGUAGUUCUAGGGACGGCGUUGGUAGAUAUGUAUGCAAAAUGUGGGUGCAUAGAUGAAGCUUUAAGGGUGUUUGAAAACUUGCAAGUCAAGAAUGUGCACACUUGGACGGCAAUGAUUAAUGGGCUGGCUGUGCAUGGGGACACCUUAGGAGCAUUGAAUGUCUUUUCACUCAUGUUGGAAGGUGGUAUUCAACCUAACGAAGUUACCUUCCUUGGUAUUCUUGGUGCAUGUUCUCAUGGAGGCUUUGUAGAGGAGGGCAAAUGGUUAUUUGAAUUGAUGAUGCAUACUUAUCAUUUGAAGCCAAACAUGGAGCACUAUGGAUGCAUGGUUGAUCUCCUUGGUCGAGCGGGAUAUUUGGAAGAAGCAAAACAAAUUAUUGAUAACAUGCCAAUGAAGCCUAGCCCUGGGGUCUUGGCAGCUUUAUUAGGUGCUUGUGUGAGCCACAAAGAUUUCCUAAUGGGUAAACAUAUAGGGAACAUUUUGGUUAAUCUACAGCCGAACCACAGCUCUGGAUAUGCACUCCUGACAAACAUGUAUUCAAUGUGUCAAAACUGGGAAGCAGCGGCGCAGAUCAGGAAGCUCAUGAAAGGAAUGCAGGUGGAAAAGACUCCGGGAUAUAGUUGGAUAGAAGUGGCCGGCUCAGUUCACGAAUUUAAAGCAUUUGAUCAUUCACACAGCGAAUUAUCUGAUGUUUAUUUGAUGUUGGAGAAUUUAAUAUUGCAACUGAAACUGGUUGACCUAGAUCCUUGGAAUGGAGGCUUUGACCUUGCAUUUAACUCGGACGUAGGUUGAGUCCCAGAAGACUACAAUAUCUCUAGUGAUUUAAUAUUACAGCUCUCAGCGUGUGAUUGCAUGGAUGUGAAAGAUCUAUUAUUUUAAGAGAGGAUGAACAUGUAGAUGGUGUUGGGAACUGGCAAUGUACUAGUAAGUGACUAGUUUCUAAUGAUUAAACAGCUCUGCGUUCCUAUGUAUCUGGACUAGUUGUUACAUCUGAGCAGUUAGCCGAAACUCACAUGCACGGUUAAAAGUAACAUUAAUGACUGAUCCACAUUUAGUGUCCCUUAUCUUUUGCAUAACCGGAGAGAAAAAUCUAGAGAUUUUGAAGCCAGAAACCAUCAAGCUAAUCAUCCCUUUACACCCAAGGAAGUUAUAGUUAAAUGUUUUGGUGUGAAACCUGUGUUCUCUUUAUCAUAAAGCCAAACUAGAAUAAAAUUGUACUUGAUCCUUUCUCGAAUAUCGCUGAACAUGCUUUAUUCAUUAUCGCAGUUCAAGUAUGUCUUCCAUUUUCUUGUGUGGAAAUCUUCCCUGUCUCUGACAUCUCAUUCCGCGUGGUUGUGGUUGCAUGUUGAUUUCAGCAUCAGAUAUGACAAAUGGUUUCCAAAAGGCUAUGUUCCUAUCAGUCUCCUCUAUCGUGAAGAUGUGAUUCUGGAUUAAAAAGAUGAAACACUGCACAACUAAGAGCUACUAUGGAAUUAUGUCAUGUUGACUAUAGUAUUAGAAGAUAUGAAAAUAUCUUAUAUCUUAAUAUUAUCUUAGAGUAUCACUGAAUAUACUGUAGGAUUAAUUUCUGAGAUUAGAUUAUCUAAGACUAAUUUCAUAUUUUGUAGUUAUUAUCGUGAUUUGUUUCUCUAUUUUAUUAGGAUUUUGAGUCUUGUAUUGGAAUACAUAAGUGUUAGUGUUUAGUCCUGUUAUACCACCAACCAUAUUAAACCAUAAUCAUAUUUCAAAGUUUUUUUUA